AUUCCGCCAUCUUGUCGCCGAGGAGAGUACUAACGCUGCGAGUGAGGCUGCGAGAAACCUUCCUGUUCGCGAUUAGCGCAGUGAAUUGAGAGAGAAAAAAGAAGAAAAAUGGCAGCAGAAACACAGACCCUUAACUUUGGACCUGAGUGGCUUCGCGCAUUGUCAAGCGGUGGGAGUAUUACCUCCCCUCCCCUCUCGCCAGCAUUGCCAAAGUAUAAGUUAGCAGAUUACCGUUAUGGAAGAGAAGAAAUGCUAGCACUUUAUGUAAAGGAUCUCAAGAUUCCAGUAGAUCUAACUGAUAAGGAGUUUCUUCCUAUUUUACAAGAGGAGCCCCUGCCACCUUUAGCACUUGUACCUUUUACAGAAGAAGAGCAGAGAAAUUUUUCUAUGUCUGUAAAUAGUACAGCAGUCCUAAGAUUAAUGGGAAGAGGUGGAGGAACAGUGGUUGGGGCACCAAGAGGUAGAAGUUCCUCAAGAGGUCGAGGUCGAGGGCGAGGUGAAGGUGGUUUUUACCAAAGAAGUUUUGAUGAAGGUGAAGGAGGUUUUGGUCGAGGAGUUCGAGAAAUGCACAGAUCACAAAGUUGGGAAGAAAGGGGAGAACGGCGGUUUGAAAAACCAGGAAGAAAAGACCCAGGGUUGAAUCAUCCCAAGGACCAGCACUCCAGCCUGGGUGCUCCAAGCGAUUUCCUCUCAUCCUCUGGGUUCCUUUUAAAAUCAGGAAGACCAAGUUUUGAAGAAAUGGGAUCAUCAUCAACAAGGAAACAUGAAUUCACCCGUUCAGAGAGUGAAAACUGGCGGGUCUGCAGAGAUGAGCAGAAUGGAGAGGAUGAUGAUGGAGGUUGGCGUUUAGCAGGGCCUCGUCGAGAAGGUGACAGGUGGCAGCCUCAUAGCCCAGGUUGGAGAGAAGCCACAGAACGCAGAAGGCGGUUUGAUUUUGAUUAUCGAGAUAGAGAUGAUGAACGAGGUUACAGACGAGUGCGCUCUGGUAGCGGUAGUAUGGAUGACGAAAAGGACAGCUUGCCAGAAUGGUGUCUAGAGGAUGCAGAGGAGGAGAUGGGAACUUUUGAUUCUUCUGGAGCAUUUAUGUCCUUGAAGAAAUCUCCCAAGGAGCCUAUUCCAGAGGAACAGGAAUUGGAUUUUAAACAGAUGGAGGAUGGAGAGGAGAGAUCAAAUUCAGAGGACAGUGAGAAAGAAGAAGCUAAGGAACCUGAUAAGAAAUACAAGAAAGAGACUGAUGAAGAAACAAAUAAAACAGAAGAGCCCAAAGAUGUUUCCUGCACAAAUUCAUCGCCGCUCCCUUCAGAUCCUCAGAUACCAUUAGUUCCCAGCCCAUCUAAAAAGGAAGAAAGCAUACCAGAAAAAACUGACAAAACUGAGGUUGCACAACAAAGACCUGCCAGGGAAGUGACGGAUACCUCAACCGCCUCUUAUCAAAAAUCUUCAGUUCCAUCUAUUAACGGCACUACUACUACUGCUACUACAAUUGCAGUGCCUCCCUCGCCUACAAUCGCAGCUGUUGCAAAGCGGAGCAUACCUCAGGAUAAUGAUGAUGAUGAAGGGCUAAAACAUCUUGAGCAGGAAGCUGAGAAGAUGGUAGCAUCUUUACAGGAUAAUGCCUUAGAUGACGAAAGACUGUCAACACAAAUUCAGGAUAAACGAACUAAAGCUGCCACCUUGCCGUUGUCCCAUGAUGCUGCUAUGAAGUGGUUUUAUAAAGAUCCACAAGGAGAAAUACAAGGGCCUUUCACCAACCAAGAAAUGGCAGAAUGGUUCCAGGCGGGCUACUUCACAAUGUCUUUAUUUGUAAAGAGAGGCUGUGAUGAAGGUUUCCAGCCAUUGGGAGAGGUUAUUAAGAUGUGGGGCAGAGUACCUUUUGCUCCUGGACCCUCUCCUCCUCCAUUGCUGGGUGACCUGGAUCAGGAAAGACUGAAAAGGCAACAGGAACUGGCUACUUUGAAUUUAUAUCAGAUGCAGCAGAUACAGUGCCAGCAGCUUCUUCAGGCGCAGCUUAUGACCAGGCAACAGUAUGCACAAGCAAUAGCACACCAACAAAAGGCAGCUAUGGGAGCCAUAACGUCGCAGCAGCAGCAGCAGCAGCAACAGCAACUGGCAGUCAUACUUGAGCAGUUCCAAGCCUUAAAGUUAAGAUCCUCGGAGCAAAGUCUGAUGCCUCCAGUAACAAGGUCCAUGACUGUGUCUGACAGUAACUCAAUAUGGGAAUUGCAAGCUGCAUCAUCUCAGCCCUUGGGUUGGGAUGGUGGUAGCGUAUGGGACUUGCCUGUCGAUUCUCCAGUUCAGGGUACUUCUAUUGAUCAAGUCCAGAUGGAGAGAGGAAAAGCUGCAAAGCUUGAACAAGAAAAAAGAGAUGCAGAAAUUAGGGCUAAAAGGGAAGAAGAGGAAAGAAAACGACAAGAGGAACUCCGUCGUCAUCAGGAAGAACUUUUACGAAGGCAGGAGGAGGAAAGGAAACGAAAGGAGGAAGAAGAGCUUGUGAGGAGGAAACAGGAAGAGGCACUACAACGCCAAAGGGAGCAUGAAGCAGCACUCCGCCGGCAAAGGGAAGAGGAGGAGCGACAGCAACAAGAAGAAGCCCGCCGGCGUGAAGAAAGGCAGAGAGAAGAGGAAGAAAGACGCCAAAGAGAAGAGUUCCUUCGAAAACAGGAAGAAGAACGCCGACGUAAAGAUGAAGAAGCAGCACGGUGGGUGAUGGAGGAGGAAGAAACUCGGCGACGAAUGGAAGAAGAUAACCGGCUACGAAUGGAGGAGGAGAAUCGACUUCGAUUAGAAGAGGAGGAACAAAAACGAAAAGAUUUGGAACGUCAUAAAGAGCUGCAGAAGCAAGAGGCUAUGAGACAAAGACAGCAGCAACAGGAGGCAUUAAGACGUUUACAGCAACAGCAGCAACAACAACAGCUAGCACAAAUGAAGCUUCCCUCUUCUUCAACAUGGGGCCAGCAGUCAUCUUCAGUUUCGCCGCAAACCCAAGGUACACUAUCACUAGCUGAAAUACAGAAAUUGGAGGAGGAAAGAGAGCGGCAACUCCGGGAAGAGCAACGACGGCAGCAGCAGGAGUUGAUGAAAGUCUUGCAACAACAAAACCAGCAGCAGAAACUGACAGGGUGGGGCAAUAUUCCCAAAGCUUCGGUCACUACCAAAUCACUUCUGGAGAUCCAGCAAGAAGAAUUCAGACAAAUGCAGAAACAACAGGAGAACAAGGCACAGAACAGAGCAUCAGCAGCAGUGAAGCUUAAUCUGUCUGGCAGUCAUGAGGAGUCAUCAUUCAAGAACACCACAGCAAUGAAAAGAGAGGAACCAUCAACUAAGAGAAUAGGAUCAGAAAGGAAUCAGCAUUCCAGUUUGCCAGUUAACACUACUUCUGUAUGGGGCUCAGUAAACACCAGUCCUACCAACCAGUGGGGAACAGACAUAAGCAGUGUCUGGGGUGCUCCAGAUAACAAGAACACAAAUGUGGGCUUCUGGGAUGAGGCAGUGAAAGAAGUGGGGCCUCCAGCAAGAAACCAGACUUCCAAGAGUAGCAGAAACAAUUCCAACCCUGGAAAGUCACAUGGAGUUCAGAACAAACCAAAUAAAAAGGCUGAAGAGGAAGAAAAGCUUAUGAAGUUGUUUCAGGGUGUGAACAAGGCACAUGAUGGAUUUACCUUGUGGUGUGAACAGAUGUUACAUGUUCUCAACACAGCCAACAAUUUGGAUGUCCCUACAUUUGUCUCAUUUUUGAAAGAAGUUGACUCUCCGUAUGAAGUUCAUGAUUAUGUCCGAGCUUACCUUGGUGACACACCAGAAACAAAGGAAUUUGCAAAGCAGUUUCUAGACCGACGUGCCAAACAGAGAGCCAAUCAGCAGCGCCAACAACAGCAAGUACGCCAGCAACAGGAUUCAGCAUGGGUGAAUCAAACGAGUCUGCAGUCGAUCUAUCCAUCAAAUCACAGCAGAAAUCAACAGUCUAAUUUUGAAUCUGUCCAGUCUGGGAAGAGGAAGAAAAAACAGAAGAUGAUACGUGCUGAUCCCAGCAUUUUAGGUUUUUCUGUAAAUGCUUCAUCGGAGCGCCUGAACAUGGGAGAAAUUGAGACACUUGAUGACUACUGAACACAAGCAAAUUCUUGAUUUAUUUAAAAAAUAAGUUGUUAAUCAUGAAUUCUGAAUGCACCAACCAAUAUCAGUUAAUUAAAAAAAAUCUAUCACCUUGAGUUCAUGUCUGUCUUUAGUACUUCAACACACUUGUUUCUCAUGGCCCCUUCAUUAUAUUAGUGCAAUCAUGUUUCAAGUACAAAGCAGUCACUUCAAAGGCCUUUGCACCGAACUGCAUGUUUUCAAGCAUAGAAUUACGUUUUCCACAGUGUAAUAUUAAUGGUGCCGUUAAGCAUAGUACCUGUGUUCUAUAAACACUUGUUUCCUUAUCACUUUAUUAUUGGAUUUUAUUCAGAAUACAUGAUUAACUGGUCUAUUCAAUGUUGGUCACGUUAACAUCCACUCUUUGAACAUUACAGAACAAUCGUGUCAGUAAUGUACUUAUAAGCUAAUUCUAUAAUACACUUGUGUUGAAGUGCUUGCUUUAGUACUGAGGUGUAUUAAAGGUGGUUCAGAUAUUGUAAGGAUAUCCAUUCUGUUUCUGUAAGGAAUACCACCUAUUCUGUCUAGCCCAUUUUAAAGAGAUUGUAGACUAUGUUUUUGGCCUUGUACAGUCUUUUGAAAUUAAUAUAUUUGCGAUAUUCAAUACACUCUAGCUGUCUCAAAAUAUGCAUUUAUAAACAAUGAAAAAGUUGGUUGUAAUAUUUCUGGGAGUCCAGAAAUCAAAGUAUUCUUUGUUAUACAGUUGCUGCAUGAAGGCUGCAAUGUGUAACUCGAGACAUUUAAAAAAUUUUAGUUUACAAUACUGUUAAAACAUGCAUGUGCAGGCCAAUGCCCCAAAAGGAGCUUUCUCUCUUAAAAGGGCUGUACCCACUUCUGAUUCAGGUUGUAUUUUAAAAUUGUUCAAAAUCAAAUCUUUUGCAGCAUCUUGGCCUAAUCAAAGUCUGUUUUACAACAUAAAGAUGGCUAUGGAAAAAAUGCUGCAGCUACUGUAUGCCAUCAUUUAUAGUGCAACAUUGAAUUUGCAGCUUACUGUAUUUAGGUGUACAGAAGAUUCCCUUUGAAAGGGAACUCGGGUAAUUGACCCUUUGGUGACUGAAGGACUCUUUUAGUUUCUGAGAAACAUGUUUUGAAUCACUUUUUUUUAAAAAUAAGAUUCUGUAAAAACAUAAUGCUAAAUAUUAGACUGAGAGUUAUAUACACAGAACAUGUCUCUAAAGUACAUUCUGAAUUAAAGAAAAUGCAGUGGAUCAUACUUAUUGUCACUGCUUGCUUCAUGUCACUUUUCUAAAGCCAGUGUUUUGAAUGGUUUUCCAAUUCUGUUCAAAUAAAUUAAUUUGGAUUUAUUUUUAUUUUUAAAGAAGACAUUUGCAGCACUCCUUCACCUACUACCCCAUAGGGGCAUGGAUAAAAUUGGCAACUUAAGUGCUGGUGAGCGAGAGAAAUGGACUACAGGCACAAGUUUAGUCUCACCCAUCUGGCACUGCAAGUUAGAACUCCACCGCAUGACGCUUCCUGUUGCCCUUUGUUUGCUUUAUGCACCUGUACACUUUAUGAAUACUUACUUGUCCCAGGCAGUUGCAAAUGUUUGCAGCUCAUGGGGUGAAGAAAGCAUAAUUAAAAUCUCCAUAAAUGCCCCAGUUGGUCCUUAACUUUAUUAAUAUUUCUAUAUCUGUUAAUGUCACCUUGAUUACAGUCAUUUAUUUAGCUUGUUAAUAAAGUGACUGUAACAGGAACCCUCCACUUUUGUGUCGAGAUGUUUAGAAUGCCCUACUGGAGUGAAGGGACCCAGUUGUUUUGUUAUAUUGGAGUGCACACUAAUUGUCUUUACAUUGCAUCCUAUUUCAUCUCCUUAAAUGCAUGAUUUAUUUAAAAACUGAAAUCUGAAAACAUUGAAAAAUAUUCUGUACAAUAAAAUUUGUAUGCAGGUUUUGAAA